GCAGCCAGUGCAGUCAGUGCAGAGGAGCUGACAGGAGCGGACCGGGUUCCGCCGUCGUGAGGAAAUACCGCACAGAUGAAGGGACUGUCCCGGAGAACUGCCGUACGUCUGUCCUUCUGAUUCCCACCACAUAUCCACAGACACGUCCCCGCACACACCACCGGAUCCCUCCGUCGCUGCGGGUCUUUGGUUGGCAGGACUCGCCUGUCUGUGUUUUUCCUCCGGAGGCUGAAUGGAAGCAGCAGCCGAGGGAGCGGUCGGGCUGUCGGAGGCCAGGGACGGGAGCCCGCUAUCCGGGGCCGCAGCAUCCGAUGAUGCGGACACGGUGGUCGGAGUCAGCUACGGGAUGGACGCGGCCGACAUGGACGCCGCUGCUAAGAAAGCCUUCAUCACAGAGAUGCCCUCAUCCUCAGGCCAGCCGGGUCAGGGAAAGAAGAUUGGCCACAGAGGGGUAGACGCAUCAGGGGAAACUACUUACAAGAAGACCACAUCCUCAGCCUUGAAAGGUGCCAUCCAGCUGGGCAUCGGUUACACAGUGGGCAACCUGAGCUCGAAGCCUGAGAGAGACGUCUUAAUGCAGGACUUCUAUGUGGUAGAGAGCAUCUUUUUCCCCAGUGAAGGCAGCAACCUCACUCCAGCUCACCAUUUCCCAGACUUUCGCUUUAAAACGUACGCUCCCGUGGCCUUCCGCUACUUCAGAGAACUGUUUGGCAUCAGGCCGGAUGACUAUCUGUAUUCCCUGUGUAAUGAGCCCUUGAUCGAGCUGUCCAACCCCGGAGCCAGUGGUUCAGUCUUCUACCUGACAAAGGACGAUGAGUUCAUCAUUAAAACUGUGAUGCACAAAGAGGCUGAAUUUUUACAGAAGCUGCUGCCUGGAUAUUACAUGAACUUGAAUCAGAACCCUCGCACUUUGCUGCCCAAGUUCUUCGGCCUCUACUGCGUCCAGUCUGGAGGGAAGAACAUCCGCGUCGUGGUGAUGAACAACGUCCUCCCACGCGUCGUCCGUAUGCACCUCAAAUACGACCUGAAGGGCUCUACCUACAAGAGACGAGCAUCCAAGAAGGAGCGGGAGAAGGCCAGACCCACUUUCAAAGACCUGGAUUUUAUGCAAGACUUGCAGGACGGACUGAUGCUGGACCAGGACACAUACAACGCUCUGGUCAAGACCCUACAGAGAGACUGCCUGGUGCUGGAGAGCUUUAAGAUCAUGGACUACAGUCUGCUGCUCGGGGUUCACAACAUGGACCAGGCGGAGCGAGAGAGACAGAUGGAGGGUUCCCAGGGCGGCAGCGACGAGAAGAGGCCCGUGGCCCAGCAGAAGGCCCUUUACUCCACGGCCAUGGAGUCCAUCCAGGGAGGGGCAGCCUGCGGAGGAUCCAUCGACACCGACGACACGAUGGGUGGUAUUCCAGCUGUUAACGGGAAAGGAGAGAGACUUCUUCUCUACAUCGGAAUCAUCGACAUCCUUCAGUCUUACAGGCUAAUCAAGAAACUGGAGCACACGUGGAAGGCUCUGGUUCAUGACGGAGACACUGUGUCAGUCCACCGACCAGGCUUCUACGCCGAUAGGUUCUUCAAGUUCAUGAGCAACACGGUCUUCAAGAAGAGCUCCUCCUUGAAGUCAUCUCCAUCAAAGAAGGGUCGCGUGUCGUUGUCGGUGCCUAAGUGCGCUGGUCCUGGUGCAGCGUGGUCGGCCAGCCAGCUGCCGUCAGAGAGAGACGAGAACAUCUAUGACCUGAGAGGAGCUCGCAGCUUCCCAACGCUGGAGGAUGAAGGGCGACCAGAUCUUCUUCCUUGUACUCCUCCAUCGUUUGAAGAAGCCACCACUGCGUCCAUCGCCACCACUCUCUCUUCCACCACCUCUCUGUCCAUCCCAGAGAGAUCCCCCUCUGACACCGCUGAGCAUCCCCGCUACAGGAGGCACACCCAGUCUCUCAGCCAUGACGUAAGGACCCAGGAGGAGUUGCGUGUGCGUGAGGAGGAUCAGCAGACCAUCACAGUGGAGGUGGAGCUGAAGAGACACGACAGUGAGCCUACCAUCUCAGUUCCUCAGCCUUCACCUGAACUCAGUGAGCUUCAGGAAGUAGCCGGCGCAGAGGCUCCCCAGUCUGCUGCAGCACCUUCCAGCUCAGCCCCCGAAGCCUGCGCCGCCUCCUCCUCCUCAUCCGCCCCUGCUGCUUCCUCUCCUCCCGGGGCUGCCGAGGAAGCCCCCUCCAGUCCCAAGGUGGUGGUGGAGGCGGACAGAGCCAGCCAGGUGUCUGGCUCGGGGUGCACCAGCCAGGCUUCAGUCGAUGACGACGAUGACGUGCCAAUCACAGAUAUCUACUUUUUUCCUGAUGGGAGGACAUGGGUGGUCUCUCCUUUCCGACAUAGAAGGAGGUGUCAGCCAAGUUGGCCACCUCCAGAGGACAGGACCUGGGUGUACUCUCCGCUACACUAUGGCUCAGAGUCUAAGGCCCUGCCAGAUGGAGAUUGGGAAAGAGAGACAUAAAUCCUGUUCUCCGGCAGAGAGGAGCGAACGUCUCGAUGAAGAGGACUCGUCGGUCUGAAGUUCCAGACCUCAGCGGUAGCAGCGGGAUCUCUGUCUGAACCAGGAUUUUAACAUGCAUAUAGAAACUGAACACACUGAAGGGAAAAGGGACUUGAGUACCAGGAAGGGAUAAAAGAAGCCCGACGGUGAUGGCAUCACUGAUUUCCAACCGUCCCUGCCUUUCACCCUCGACGAAUAAAAAUAAUAAUUUAAUAAUUACGUGUAUGUGUGACAUAGUGCGUAUAAGGCUGUAGUCUUAUAUGUUUGACAUGCAUAAAAGAGCAUAGUAAGUCACUGUUCUGUUUCACUCAUCCCUCUCACAGGCUCCUUGGGUUUACCCACUCACUGAGAGUUGCAUUUUUCCUUCGUCCAAUCAGGAUCAAGAUGCUCCUCCAGACUUUAUGGGUGUAGAAUUUUAACCUGGCAUCCGCUUUUCUUUCUAAAUCCUAACAACAAAAUGGGUGAUUGCCUCUUCUAACUCUGUAGUGAAGAGUGAGUGGGUAAGCCUGUGCCAGAGGACUGUGGCCAUGUUCAUAGAAGCAAGGUUACAGCGAUAACCUUCAUGUGACCAAUCAAAACCCUCAUAUCUCCAGUAGGAUCUACUGCACUACUGUAGUUUAGUAAACGCAUAAACACACACCAUUUCCCUUAGUGAGUACAUAGAGUGAUCAGAGGCUGUUUGUUUCAUAGCAUUAUAAUUUAUAUCGGAUGUUUUUGCAACAUUUUUUCAACUGUUUUACAACUGUGAACAUUUAUUUAUUUUGUCUUUUUGUAUUUUAUUCUAAUAUUCACGGUCACUGGUAUCACUUUUUCACUCUUUUUUUAUUUGCAUCCAAAGAAUUUUUCUUAUCAUACAUGUAAAGCUUUUUCCCCUCACACUAUGUUUGUUGUGUAAAUUCAGUGUUCUAACAUACUUCGCUACAUACCUUGUGGAAAUGUUUGAGGCUUUUUUUUUUCUCUUGCCUUUAUGACAGCAAGUGUCCGUUUCAACACUAAGGCAGCAAACAUUGUCAUCGGUCACGUUGUAACCUUCACAUCCUUAGUGUCUUCCAGUGUUGCCCUACUUUGGACAGAUGCACACAGGUCGUUUUAACAGUAGAUAUCCAUGUUUACAUUUUUUUGGUGGUAAAGGAAUGUGCAUAUCAGUGACUUUUACUUUAUCUGGUCACCCUCACCUCCUCACAUUAGGAAAUACACCGACUGGAUAUUUCAGAUGUUUGUAGACGUAGAGCAUCAGUUGUAGUAUUUGCAGUCAAUAGUUGUACCUAUUACCUGUAUAUUUGAAUGAACACCGUACAUCACAGUGUUGACUUGGUGAGACACAGCAGUUUGUAAAUGGGUUGAAUGUUGUUUGCACUUGAAAAGAGGACCUGAAGAUGAUCUAGUGAUAGAGGCCAAAUAAACAUACAUCACAUUAUCCAAAAGUCAUACUUUUUUGUUGUUAGGUAGGAGUAUCUGCUCUCAGACGCUGGUCUUUAGGCGGCAUUGAUUUUAAGAUUAUCAAGUGUGUGUGCGUGUGUGUGUGUGAUGGUGAAGUCAAUCACAGUCAUUGUAGGGUUAGUGUUUACUGUAGUCUUUCUGUGGCUGACAUCUUAGGACUCUCAACUAAGACUUUAGUUAAGGUUCAACCAACAGAUACUUUGCGUUUUUCUAUCUAACUUCAGACAAAGUUUCUUGAGUUUGUCUGUAUGUUUCUAUGUAUGUUCGUUUAUAAGGGAGGACACAUCAAUGUCAGAUGUUGUAAAAUAUAAAUCAGUUCAUUCUCAUGAUGUGCAGUGGCCAGUUGUAAUCAGUUUGCUGUUGUUCAUCAGAUGGAGACCAUAGCAGCAAUAUUUUGUAAAGUCUAGCUUUUCAGUUCAUUUUAAUUGCCUUAUUGAGAAAUUUAAUAAUGUAGGCCUGUUGUUUAUAAUUUUUUCACUCGUGCUGUUGUAUUUAUUUCCUUUCUCAUAGUUGUGCUCCUGAGAAUGUGUACAUAAAAUUAUAAAUACAUAUAUAAAGAUAUACAAAUAUAUUUUCCAUUUGAAUCGGAGAAUAUUAUUUUUAUUUGGUUUUAUUUUUGCUGCUGGGCAAGAAAUGAUUGCAAUCUACAUAAUUUACUGUAUCAUAUUCCUCAGUUUGUUUCUCAAGAUGCAGCUGGUGUAUAUUUAUGGUCUACAAACCACAGCUGUUUCUUUGUAAGAUUUCCAAAACUGAAAGAUUUGUUGGUUUUACUGUACAUGCAGAUCUAUAGGGAUUCUUCCAACUGUUCAGCUGUGUUGUGUACGUGUUUUCAAAUCGCUGUGUGCCCUCAUCCAAUAGGGAGAGUCCUUUACAGAGACAUAGCAUGAUUUCAAAUGAAUAUGCAUAUCAGAAAUGUGUAUUUAUGUAUAUCUGUGUAUAUUCAUCUAUUUAUACAUGAGGAUAAAUAGAUGGCUGUAUGUGUGUGUGUGUUUGGACUCAAUCAGAAUGAAUACAAAAAUAAAGCAGUUCUAUGAAUUGUUGUCCAUGGA